AUGCGAGCUGAUUCGAUUCAAGUGAGAGGUUUGAAAGCGUUAGUGCUUAUACUAUUGGUCUUAUACGAAGGCCACACUAAGGAGACAUGCAGAACUGGAGUGAAAACUGACAAGAAUCUUAGAGGAGUCAAUUUGGACAAGACAUCCGGUCUGCCGUUUUACUGGUUUGAUUUACAUCGAGCGAGUGACGGGUAUCAUUCAGAAUACACCUAUACAUUCCGGCUGCAUAGUUCAUCUGAAGCCAGUCCCUUCAGCGACGCCGUAUUACAGGUGGAGACGGCGAACAACUGUGGUACCGGUGACCUUGUAGUCAAUACCACCUUUUUAUAUCAGCCUAGAAACUGUCCAAAGAUGAUAAUGACAGAAUAUAAGAAACCCAUGACCAAUGUUCCCUUCAAGUGGAGAGCUCCAAAAUGUGGCUGCAUCAAAUUCAGAGCAACGGUCAUUAGAAAUGGUGUAACAUAUUUUUACGAUGAUGAAAAUAUCAGCGAUGGCAACCUUGUCAAAACAGUUUGUCCACAUGGUGUGAGAGUAGCUGAACAACUCGUGGAGGUGGAUGAAAAAACAACCGAUUCUACCACUAAAACUUUAAGUACUGUUACCUCCAAGAUGGACAGGGCAGCACUGUUAGAUCUUCUAUGCAAAAUAACCAGCACACUAAAUAAUUUGGAACUCUUGAAACGACCAGAAUUUAUUCAAAGACGAAAACUCCAGAAUUCAUCUUUAGUGAAGCUGUUGAAUAUUGAAUUAGCUUUGGAACAAAGAAAAGCUGAUAUCUCAUCUUGUUGUCAUAAGAAGGGUGAAGAUAAGACAAUAUGUUUUGAUAAUGUAAGAAGAUAUCGUAUUGAUCAACUUUGUGGUGACGGACAACCAAGAAUACCAUUUGUUGAACAGAAAAGAAAUUAUAUGAGAAAAAGGGAAUCGGAAUGUUGUUGGCGAAUAGGACAACCAAGAUAUCAAUGCUUCAGCAAAUCUAGCGAACAGCUUACAGAAUACUCCGUUGAUUAUUCUCUAGAUGAGUCCGACCCAGCUAAUGAUAUAGCUGAUUAUCCCAAAGAAGUAGAACGUUACGAAAUGGCUUCAAAUACCAAAUUCUUCAGCCCUCCGCCAACACUAAAACCGGACAAUCAGAAUAUAGAAACGCUUACCAAGCUGGAAGAGACUACAACACCAACUUCAGUAACCAAAUCAGUAACAUUACCACCAAUCAGACAGCCUUCAGCUAGACCACACAGACAAACUACACCCACCUCCGUUCUGACACACCAUCGUCAACGGCCAGUACCAGCUGUAAAAACCAAACUGCGACAAAGCCGUACGGUUGGACAAGGUGAUAUGGGAUACAACCUUAGAAAGCAAGCAAAAUACACAAGAAAAACAACAAACCUCCGACAUUCAGCUUCAUCUGUUGAAAUAACAGUCAACACAUUAAAACAGAAAUUAUGGAAAUCUAGUCUGAAAUUGGAAUGUUGUCAACAAGGUCGGAUAUUUGCCGCCAAAACUGGUCGUACAGACGUUUGGGACCGUUGUCGUUCGGCAGCUAAAGAUUUCAGAAGUUCUGUGGUUCGAGGGAAAAAGAUCUGCAGUAAUACAUUCCAGAAAUGCUGCGUUGAACAGUUUAUAACGGCUACAGCAAAAGCUUCAACCAUACCAAAACCUAAUACACCAAAAGGAUCUCCUUCAACCAAGCAAUUAGUCACUACAACUUCAUUAAGAACUAAUAUCAAGAAGGAAAAUUAUAGAAGAGCGCCUCUUGACGUCGACAGCAGUCGGGAGGCAGAUGAGAAGUAUGCUUCAAUGGAAUCAAAAGCUGAGGAUGAUUUGAUGGAACAAGAUGAUAAGGCGAGUGCCGAGGACGCUGGCGAACAUGUGGAUGAUGAUGGUGAUGAUGUUAGUGAUGACAGUGAUAAUGAUGAUCAGGGUGAGGACGGUGAUCAGGAUGAGGACGAUGAUCAGGAUGAUGAUGAUAAGGAUGGUGAUGUUGAUGAUGACAAGGUGGAUGAAAUAAAUAAUGAUGAAAAGAAUCGAAAACGGAAAUUCAUUGAUUAUCCACGAGAAGAUCCAUCUGCGGACACAUUCCAUAACCUUCAAACAAAACGAAAAUCGACCCCAAAUACUGACAUAGCUCACAGGGACUCGAACCAUAGAAAUCUGAAAAUAGAAUCUGCGAAACGAAAAAGGAAUCGAAGACGACACAAUAGGAAAUUAAGACGGAGAAAACACAAAAGUGAUUAA